GGCCGCCAUGGGGCAGGACUACUACGCCGUGCUGGAGCUGGGCCGCGGCGCCACGGCCGCCGACAUCAAGAAGGCCUAUCGGAAACUGGCCUUGAAGAACCACCCUCUAAAAUGCAAGGAGCCCUGGGCGCCGGAGAAGUUCAGGCAGCUGGCGGAGGCCUACGAUGUGCUGAGCGACCCCAUGAAGAAAGGCAUCUACGACAAGUUUGGAGAAGAGGGUCUCAAAGGCGGCAUCCCCUUGGAGUUCGGUGGCGAGAACCCCUGGACCGUCGGCUACGUGUUUCACAAUAACCCUGACAAAGUCUUCAAGGAGUUCUUUGGUGGAGACAACCCCUUUGCGGAGUUCUUUGCCGAGGAUGGCUCGGAGUUAAUCCUGCCCUUCGGAGGGCUGCGAGGACGAGGAGCGAUGAAGCAAGACCCCCCGAUCGUGCGGGAUCUCUGCCUCUCCCUUGAAGACCUGUUCUACGGCUGCACCAAGAAGAUUAAGAUCUCCCGCAGGGUGAUGAAUGAAGAUGGUCAAACGAGCACCAUCAGAGAUAAGAUCCUAACGAUUGACGUGCAGCCGGGGUGGAAGCAGGGUACCAGGAUCACCUUUGAGAAGGAAGGGGACCAGGGCCCAAAUGUCAUUCCCGCUGACAUCACCUUCGUUGUCCAAGAGAAACUCCACCCAAGGUUUAAAAGGGCCAACGACAACCUCGCUUACGUCGCCACCAUCCCCCUGGGAAAGGCGCUGAUCGGUUGCACGGUGGACGUGAGGACGCUGGACGGGAGGCUGCUGAACAUCCCCAUCAACGACAUCGUGGACCCCAAGUACUGUAAAGUGGUGCCAGGGGAGGGGAUGCCGCUGCCCCGGGACCCCCGGCGCAAGGGUGACCUCCUCAUAUAUUUCAACAUCUGCUUUCCCAAGAAGCUCACGCCUGACAAGAAAAUGCUCUUGAAAAGCGCCCUCCUGUCCUAGGGGCCGAUGACCUUCCCCCUCUCCUCCCACCAAUAAAGCUCUGGAGCCAGCACUGUGACCGGGCAGAGGUUGUUCCCGGUGCUGAGCACCCUAAAACA